ACCCAGCAGAGCCGGCGCACUUCCGGACGCGGCGCGUGGACCCCUUUCCCGCUCCCUGUGCGCUCCUCCCGCAGCAGUCGCGGCGGGUAGAUUCAGGAGGAACCGUAGGUCCCAAAAGCCUGUGCACGUUUCCAGAAGGGAGCAUUCGACUCUGCGGUCGCCUGGAGAGGCGCUGGAGGAGGGAGCGACGUAUAUAGGGACUUGAGAUCCGGCGUGGGAAUGAUCCACGAACUGCUCUUGGCUCUGAGCGGGUACCCAGGGUCCAUUUUCACCUGGAACAAGCGGAGCGGCCUUCAGGUGUCACAGGACUUCCCAUUUCUCCAUCCCAGUGAAACCAGCGUCCUGAAUCGACUCUGUCGGCUUGGCACAGACUACAUUCGCUUCACCGAGUUCAUUGAACAGUACACAGGCCAUGUGCAGCAACAGGAUCACCAUCCCUCUCAGCAGGGCCAAGGUGGGUUACAUGGAAUCUACCUGAGGGCCUUCUGCACAGGUCUGGACUCAGUGUUGCAGCCUUAUCGCCAAGCAUUGCUUGAUUUGGAACAAGAGUUCCUGGCCGACCCCCAUCUCUCCAUAUCACAUGUCAAUUACUCCUUAGAUCAGUUCCAGCUCCUUUUCCCCUCUGUGAUGGUUGUGGUAGAACAAAUUAAAAGUCAAAAGAUUCAUGGUUGCCAAAUCCUGGAAACAGUAUACAAACACAGCUGUGGAGGUUUGCCUCCUGUUCGAAGUGCACUAGAAAAAAUCCUGGCCGUGUGUCAUGGGGUCAUGUAUAAGCAGCUCUCAGCCUGGAUGCUACAUGGACUCCUCCUGGACCAGCACGAAGAGUUCUUUAUCAAACAGGGUCCAUCUUCGGGUAACGUCAGCGCCCAGCCAGAAGAAGAUGAGGAGGAUCUGGGCAUUGGGGGGCUGACAGGAAAGCAACUGAGAGAACUGCAGGACUUGCGCCUGAUAGAGGAAGAGAACAUGCUGGCACCAUCUCUAAAGCAGUUUUCCCUGCGAGUGGAGAUUCUGCCAUCCUACAUUCCCGUGAGGGUUGCUGAAAAAAUCCUGUUUGUCGGAGAAUCUGUCCAGAUGUUUGAGAAUCAAAAUGUCAACCUGACUAGAAAAGGCUCCAUUUUGAAAAACCAGGAGGACACUUUUGCUGCAGAGCUGCAUCGUCUCAAGCAGCAGCCCCUCUUCAGCCUGGUGGAUUUUGAACAGGUGGUGGAUGGCAUUCGCAGCACCGUGGCUGAGCAUCUCUGGAAGCUGAUGGUGGAAGAGUCAGAUUUACUGGGUCAGCUGAAGAUCAUUAAAGACUUUUACCUUCUGGGACGUGGAGAACUGUUUCAGGCCUUCAUUGACACAGCUCAACACAUGUUAAAAACACCACCCACUGCAGUAACCGAACAUGAUGUGAAUGUGGCCUUCCAACAGUCAGCACACAAGGUGUUGUUAGACGACGACAACCUCCUCCCGCUGUUGCAUUUGACAAUUGAGUACCAUGGAAAGGAGCAUAAAGAUGCUGCUCAAGCCAGAGAAGGGCCGUCUCGGGAGACUUCUCCCCGGGAAGCCCCGACGUCUGGCUGGGCAGCCCUGGGUCUUUCCUACAAAGUGCAGUGGCCACUGCAUAUUCUCUUCACCCCCGCUGUCCUGGAAAAGUACAAUGUUGUUUUCAAGUACUUACUGAGUGUGCGCCGGGUGCAAGCGGAGCUGCAGCACUGCUGGGCCCUGCAGAUGCAGCGCAAGCACCUCAAGUCCAACCAGACGGAUGCGGUCAAGUGGCGCCUGAGAAACCACAUGGCGUUCCUGGUGGAUAAUCUCCAGUACUACCUCCAGGUAGAUGUGCUGGAAUCUCAGUUCUCACAGCUGCUUCAUCAGAUCAAUUCCACCCGAGACUUUGAAAGCAUCCGACUAGCUCACGACCACUUCCUGAGCAACUUGCUGGCUCAGUCCUUUAUCUUGUUGAAACCUGUGUUUCACUGCCUAAAUGAAAUCCUAGAUCUGUGUCACAGCUUCUGCUCGCUGGUCAGUCAGAACCUGGGCCCGCUGGAUGAACGUGGGGCCGCCCAGCUGAGCAUCCUGGUGAAGGGCUUUAGCCGCCAGUCUUCACUCCUAUUCAAGAUUCUGUCCAGUGUUCGGAAUCAUCAGAUCAACUCGGACUUGGCUCAACUACUGUUACGACUGGAUUAUAACAAAUACUACACCCAGGCUGGUGGAACUCUGGGCAGCUUCGGGAUGUGAAAAUUUCAGGCUCACAAACUGAAGUAACAGUCUAUCCCACCACGUUCCGUCUUGAACAGAAGACUCAACAGCAAACGGGAUUCUCUGGCCACUCACCGAAUGUCUGCAACUGACUGAGAGGGCUCUCUGACUUUUCUCCUAGAAGCGAUUACUGAACAUCCACGGGUACAAGUCCUUCCCCUCGUUCCCAUAUGGAAGGGUUUGUCCCCCCCCAAUCUUAGGGGAAUUAACUCACUCACAAAAGAGAACAUGUAGCAUCAGCUCUCUCUCUGUGGACCAUGGAAGAUCUCAAAUGUACAUUGAGAACACUUAGCAGAUAAGUUCACUUACUGAGCACCUGAGCACCUACUAUGUGCCUAGGUACUGUUCAAGCUGUGAGAGACACAGAAGUAAUAUAGAUCAGAAGUUAAAUAUUUUGUAGGUCGUGUGAAAAAGGAAUUAUAUUUAUAAACAGAUCCACUGCUGGAUGUUACCACUGAGCAAGAAAGGCACCAGAUAGGGUAGGCUUCCCCUCACCCCACAGACCUUUUCUCCUUCAGAAAACUGAAAUUGAGAAUGUCCCAUCCUUAAGGAUCUUCAAAACGGAAUUUGAAGAAUUUUACCAAUAAGUUCUAAUUAUUGCAGACUGGCGAAAGGGCAAUUCUAGUUAUUAACAAUGUAUUUAAAGUAUUUUUUUUUAACAAAGUAGAAAGGUCCUUAAGAAAACAAAUUGAAAUAAAAUUAGUAGCUGUCAGAUAUGGAAAACUGCAGGUCUAAUUAUCCCAUCUUAGAAAAGCCCCAGGAGUUGAGGUUCUCCUAAUCUGGCCCAACUAUCACUGGUAAUCACUAAUGUUCGUAUCAGUGUGAACCAAGAUAAAUAUUCAUUGAACUUCCUCCAAACAAAAAAAAGACUUGAGCAUUCUGGCCUCAGUUUAUAGCCAUUUGAUCUGGUCCUCAUGCCUACAUCUUAUACCACAUACUACACACACCCUUAUUUCCUGCAACUGUCAGCUAAAAACGACCCCUUCCACUGCAGAGGUUAGCAAACCAUUGCCUGCCACUUGUUUUUGUAAAUAAAGCUUUAUUGGAACAGAGCCACUCUUGUUCAUUUACCUAUUGUCUGUGGUUGCUUUCAUGCCAUCGUGGGAAAGGUGAGUAGUUGUGACACACUAAAUCGCCCACAAAGCCUAAAAUAUUUACUAUUUGGCAGAAAAAAAAUUUGGCCCCUGCUCUAAAGAAAGAGAACAACAGGGAUGACGCUAAGGGUGGGUUAGGGGAGGAACAGCUUCUAGCAUCUGUGACAAUAACAGUAACAACAUUCUGUACCUGGGACUAGAGUCUCUAACCUCCACGUGUUAUCACUGCGUUUCUCAUGCUAAUCCUUGCACGAAGUCAUCCCAUCAAGCUUACAGUCACUGCCCAUUCACAGCAGUGGUCCUUUGCCUGUUAGCUCUGGGAGUACAGUAUCCACAGGUCAGUUUAGUAAGCACAACUCUAUAAAGAGAUUGUUUUUUAAUUGCCAGGAAACUUAGAGCUGUGCUGAAUUUCAUUCAACUUUUGGCACAACUUUUAAUCUGGGCU